AUGGAACGAGACCUGAUACUUAGAGUUUCGAUUCCUUAUUAUUGGGUUUCUCUUUCAAUAUCGCGGUGGGACGGUAGAAAGCAGUGCCUUGAGGUACACCACUAUUAUAGCAAUGGCACCUGUGAAGCAGAAACCACAGCGUGCGAGCGCCUUCAGGGCGUAGUCUGGGCUUUUGCACAAUCCCGACGUGGUGGCGUUAUUAUAUCAAAAUACGGGUCAAGUCACAGUUGCACUCUUAUAUAG